UAACGGAGAUAUUUAAGUGUUCUGUUUCUUCGGACUCAACCUGUAUAGAUAUAUUUUUAUACGCACGCAUAUCUCAUAUAUAUAAAAGGCUUCAAGUAGUCGUAAAAUAUUGAAACAGAAUUUUGUCAUUGUGUAGUUCUCGAAUGACUUGUAACGCUUGUAAUACUUGCUGCAUUCCAACCUAUAUACCGAAAUAUUGAAAUUAACGGAAGCAACCUAAACAAAACUUGGAAUUUAUGGAGCAAGUAUAUCACACCGUGUGUCUCGUUACACGAGUUACGAGGAAAUCAAAUCAAAUCUUUACGAGUAGUCAUGCAAUGUUGAUUUGACUGAUGUUCGAAUUUCACAAAUGUGAACAAUACGACGAAAAUUAGUAAACGGUUUCGAUAGAUAUAAACGCAAUAAAUUAUGGAAGCUUGCAAAGACCUGAAAGCAAAGUACGACCACUGCUUCAAUGUUUGGUUUUCUGAAAAGUUUUUACGUGGACAUUACGACGAUAGUGAGUGUGCACCAUUGUAUAAAGUUUAUACCGAGUGCGUUGCGCAAGCGAUGAAGGAUCAAAAAAUAAACCUAGACGAAGUUGAUGUUUCACAUUUAGGAACAGACAGAGAGAAGACAAAAGAAGGUUAACUUUAAACGUAUUGAAAUUUUCUUAUUUUUGUUUAUUAUGAUAGAAACAAAUGCUAUAAUUUAUAGUUGAAUAAAUUAUUAUAAUGGAAUUUAUGACUGUACUUUCCUUUUUCUGUUAAUAUUACAAUUAACCG